AUGGAAGCGAGUCUGGGAUCUACUAAGAAUGAGAAAGCUACACCACAGAGUGUAGUUGGAGAGAGUGCAACCGUCCCGGGUACGAGUACUGAAACAACAACGGAAUUGAGGGCAAACUUUGCUGAUGCGACAGAUCCAAAGAUAAGUGCAAAACCACAAUCUUCUCCAUUGUUAUCGUCGACGCCGCCGCUGGUUUCCAAGGCAUUGGUGAAUUCGUAUCCGUACUUGAUUAUUAUAAAUAAAAUUCUCUCCAUCACAACAUGGACUAAUGACGAUUACUGGGUCAAUGUGGUUAUUAUAAGCUUGUAUGCCUUGGUUGUUUUAUACUUUGAGAAUUUAGUCAUUUGGCUGGGACAUUUAAUUCUUGUGGCAAUAUUGAUUUCGUAUGCGUUGUUGAACAACAAGAUCAUUAAAGAGGCGAAUUUGCACCCUACGUUGGAUGAUGUUGUUCAGGCUUUGACGUCUACAUGUGUUAAGGCCGACAUCUUAUUGCUGCCAAUCACAUCGUUAUCGUUAACUGCAUAUGACAUUAAGAGAUUAAUAUUCACUACGUUGUUUUUGACUCCGGUUUAUCUUGUUGUUACGUUUUUGUUAAUCAAACCAAGAACAAUAUUAUUGUUGAGUGGAGUGUACUUGCUUACGUACCAUUCGUCGUACUCGAUAGUCACCAGAAGGAUUCUUUGGAAGUUGAAGAUUGUGAGACUAAUUUUCUUUUAUUUGACGGGGUUGGAUUUAUCAGAGACCAAGAAUCAUUCUCUUUUUGCUGCGGCAUUUGCAAAGGUUAGCAGUAGUGGCACCACUUCCUCCAAGUCAAACAAACCUGUUAGAUUCACAUAUGUCAUAUACGAAAACCAAAGAAAGUGGUUGGGUAUUGGUUGGACAAGUAAUUUAUUGUCCUAUGAAAGGACUCCUUGGACAGAUGAGUUUUUAAAUGAGAGUAGUUCUAUUGAUUCGUUUAAAUUGCCAAAUGCUUCUGAUGAUGCUGCUAAUGGGGAUUCAAACAUGCAAGGUGCUACUUGGAGAUGGGUCGAUAAGACAUGGAGGUUGGACUUAACUAAUGAUGGUGCAAUUACCUUAUCGAGCUCCAAGAGGUCGAAGACAACUGCCAAUCCAACUAAUGAUGAAGGGUUUAUAUACUAUGACAAUACAUGGAAAAAACCUUCUACAGAAGAUACAUUUUCCAAAUACACCAGAAGAAGAAGAUGGAUACGGACUGCAGAAUUGAUCUUUGAUAAUAAACAGGACGAUGUGUUGGACUCUCCAGAAAAAGUGACGGCAACUGGAGUGAGUGUUCAAGACUCUACAACCAAUAAAAAAGUCAAGAGCUUGCGAUUUGCCGAAGACGAACAGGAAAGCAACAAAGAAAAAUCAGCUGAUACUGAUAAGAAAAAUGAUUAA